AAAAAAUUUUUUGGCCACACAAUCAAAUUUCGGUUCAACGGAACCUUCGUUAUCGUCUGUACCGAACAAUAACUUUCCCACGACGGAAGGAAAUUAUACCAUAGAGUCCAAACGACAAACUUUCAAUUCAGUACAAUCAUCUACAGAUGAUGAAUUGUCUCAUUAUUCUUUAAAUUCAAAGGGAAAGUCAACCAAUUUCACUCCUAACUCUCCUGACACUCCUGACCAACCUUUUCUUUGUCGAACUCCAUCUACUUAUACCUCUGUUACUUCUUUGAAUGAUGACUGUGAUUCUUCGGAAUCAAGUUAUCGUAUUCACUCAAGAUCUCAAUCAUCGGAUAUUUACACUGAUAACAUUAAUAAUAGAAGAUUUCAUCGGUCAUAUUCAUUACCAAGUAAUUCAAAAAGGCCUCAUCGUCAAUCUUCUUAUCUCUCUCAUUGCUCUUUAUAUUCUGAAAGUCGUGACGAACCACUAAGAUGGAAAAAAGCUCAAGCUAUGGAUAUAAUAUGUGGUGAAAAAAAUUAUCUAUCAAAUUAUCAAGAAUCUGACGAUGACUUUUGCGACUCUACACCAAGUACUUCAGUUACUGCUUUAAGCAGUGUCAAUGAUGAUAUUACUGAAGAACUUUUAUUAUUAGAUCCAAAAAUUCUUUUUGGUUCUGAAGCUUUUUAUUCUUUACCAGAAACUCAUGUGUUAUACCUAAUUAAAUGUGAUGAUGUUGGUGAACAUACUGAAGUUGAAAUUUGGAGAUGUCUUGUUGAAUGGGGUAAAAGAAAUACUCCAAAAAUUAUUUUUAAUAAUGAUAUUAAUAAAUGGUCUAAAAAAGAUUUUGAAUCACUUGCAAGAACAUUACGUAAUUGUAUUUAUUGGAUAAGAUUUUUACAAAUGACUCCAAUUGAAUUUCAAACUUUUGUCAUACCAUAUCAAUAUAUCAUUCCUAAAUUUAUUAUUGGAAACUUUUUACGUCAAAAAAUAACUGAUCAUCCACAAACUUCAUUAGCAUUGGCACCUGCAAGGAUUCCAAUGACUCCAAUUGAUUCAACUAUUAUUACGGGUCGACACGCUACAAUUUUGAGUAACUGGAUCAAGAAUGAAUCCCACGAACCUAUAAUAAAACAAUCCUCUUAUAGGUUCAACCUUCUUUAUCGAGCAAGUCAAGAUGGUGAAACAUCAAGAGAUUUUCAUUUACAUUGUGAUAAUCAAGGUCCAACAAUUCUUGUAAUAAAACUUUCAGGUCUUAAUAUGUUCAUUGGUGGUUAUAACGCAAUGAAUUAUAAAGAUUCAAGACGUUCAUCUACCCUUUCAUUAUCGAAAAGAAAUUCAAUUAAUAAAAAAAAGGAAGAAUCAGCCCAAGGAAAUUGUUUCAUAUUUUCUUUUAAAGACACUUAUUAUCCAGAACAAACCGCAAUUAUAAGUAGAAUAAUUCCUGAAUUUAAAAAAGAUGCUAUAAAAGUAAAAAAUAAAUGGGGAGGUCCAAGUUUUGGACGGAGUGACCUUUGGGUUUGUCCUGAUAAGAAUAAUAAAUCUUUAUACAUUCGUCCGGCAUCCUAUGAAUUUCCAAUAAUAGAUUCUGAGGAUAUUAAUUUUAAAUGGGUAGAUUUUGAAGUAUUCCAAGUUUUGGGUCAAUGA